UCUGCUGUACUGUCUCUUAUAAUCUAUUCUAUUCAGGUGGGUUUGGAUUGGAUGAAACCCCUCCCUACUGAAAGGUGGGCGGAUCAGUUUUAUCCUAGCCCCGGCUCACCAGCCAGCAGCCCUCGUGUUGGUUCCCUGGCAACCAGGCAAGCCACUCUGCUUGCCGCCUGCCUCGCCAGGCCGUCCGCCCGUCCGGACACGCUGCGUCCUGGACACCCCGGCCUAGCUGACGCGACAGACCCUCCAUGUCCUCUAUGGCACGGGACAGAGAGUGAACCGGGCUCCGGAAGCCGCGGGCACAAUGAACGACCGGUACCACCGGGCGGCCCGGGACGGCUACCUGGACGUGCUGAAGGAGGCCACACGGAAGGACCUGAACGCACCGGAUGAGGAUGGGAUGACACCGACCUUAUGGGCCGCUUACCACGGCAACCUGGAGGCGCUCCGGCUCAUAGUAGGGAGAGGAGGUGACCCGGACAAGUGUGAUAUUUGGGGGAACACACCGCUUCACCUGGCAGCUGCCAAUGGCCACCACAACUGCCUGUCCUUCCUGGUGGCUUUCGGUGCCAACGUGUGGUGUCUGGACAACGACUACCACACACCACUGGACAUGGCCGCCACCAAGGGCCACAUGGACUGCGUUCGUUACCUGGACUCCAUCGCUGCCAAGCAGAUCACCCUCAACCCAAAGCUGGUCAGCAAACUCAAGGACCGUGCAUUUCGUGCAGCUGAGCGCCGGAUCAAAGACUGUGCAAAGCUCCAAAAGAAGCACCAUCAGCACAUGGAGAAGAGAUUCAUGAAGGAGGCGGCAGCUUUUGACAACUCAGACGCUGUCAGCUUGUGCAGCUACACAAGCAGCAGCACGCUGAGCCGCAAGUUGCCCCAGUUCAACACUGUCACCUCCAACAUGCCAUACUCGCAGGCCACCCUGCAUUCCACCGCCAAGGGCAGGACCAAGAUACAGAAGAAGCUGGAGAAGAAGAAACAGGUAGAUGGCUCAUUCAAGAUCUACGAGGAUGGGAGAAAGAGUGUGCGAUCGCUCUCCGGGCUGCAGCUUGGCAAUGAUGUCAUGUUCCUAAAACAAGGCACCUAUACCAACCCAAGGGAACGUUUGCGCUUCAACAUCCGGGACAUGUUCCCCCAUGACGACGAUGCCGACACCAUUUCUCGUGCCAUCAGUGACCCGGGCCUCCAUGAGGCUGCCUAUUCAGAGAUCAGCACGGACUCUGGUCGUGACUCCCUGUUCACCCGACCUGGACUGGGCACCAUGGUGUUCAGAAGGAACUACAUGAGUGGAGGCUUGUUUGGUAUUGGGGCUCGGGAUGAUGGCAGUGUGGUGGGGAGUGAACCUGUGGGUCGGGCGCCUAAUGUGCGUCUACGUGGACGUUUGCCCCAACGCUCACCCAGCCUGGAUGAAGACAGUAUUGGCAGUGCCUUGAGUCUGCAGGAAAGAAACCUGCAGGAGCUGCCCUGGGAGGAGACAGAUGUUGCGCUGGAUGAGGACAUGGAGCCAGAGAACAGUCCCUUGGAGACCUUCCUGGCCUCUCAGAGCCUCAGUGAGUUCAUGACCAUCUUCAGGAAGGAGAAGAUCGACCUAGAGGCUCUACUGCUGUGUUCAGACAAGGACCUCACCAGCAUCCACAUCCCUUUGGGCCCCAGGAAGAAGCUGCUGGAUGCCUGCAAGAGACGGGUGGACACCCUAGAUGAACCAGAGGCCAUGGAGGACACUGAGCUUUGAAAAUCAAUUUUCUGGAAUUCUGCACAUUUUUAUUUUAAGAAGAGAAGCACAGAAAUGUCCAUUACUACCAGAUAAACACACACUUAGUUACCAUCUUUGGUGAAAUUUGGUGGUGGCAUUUUCAUUUCCAUAAAUACAUGACAGAAUGGUGAGACCAUGAAUGGAAGUGUGGAUGGUCUUAGUCAACUGUAACACUGUGAAUACCAAAUGUGUACUUCUCCCAUUUAGUACAAAUUGAACUACAGUUGUCUUUUCACCAGGUAAAUAGGGCCAUCUAGUGGAGUUUUCAGGCAUAACAAAAUAAGACACUGGAGCUGCACUGUAUUUUUCUUUGAAAGCCUGACACAAUGGAUAAUUACUCUACACUUCAUGAAAAACAUUGAUGAGGUGAAUCCAGGUAAAAGCCAUUAUUCCUGUUUUCUUUAUCAAAUCUAUUGCAAUCACAGAAGAGGAGAUGCAAAUGAAGAGAACCAGACUAAUUAAUUAGAGUUUGAGAAUAGAGAAUUUGAGAUAUGUAUUGUUUUCCAAAGCAGCUGCAACUCACUGUCAGGGGGAUGUUUAGUACAUUCAGUGGGUCACACCAUUGUAUCACCAUACCACUGUACUUGAGUCUAUUAUGUCUUGUUUUAUUCACAGGAUAAAAAUACAGUUAAGACGUUCUCCACUAUUCAUGGCCUUAUCUGGAUAAGGCACCAUGAAGCUGUAUUGUUUAUUUGACUACUUCGUGGUGGUAAUAAUUCCUGGAAGUGAACAAAGGAAAUUACAGAGAGCACCUGCUAUUUUCAAUACAGUCAAUGAAGACAAUAUAGAUUGUCAGCAUCUAACAGAAAUGCAAUAAGUAGGUAAUGAACGUUACAUUGGAAAGCUUCGCCACAUGUUAAAACACAUGGACUCAUUGUGCUUGAUUGGAUUGCUGGAUGCUGGUCAUGUUAUUGAAACACCUGGUUAUCUUUGGAUACUGUAUUCAUUAAUGUAUUAAUCAACGAUUUACACAUUAAUGAAUGAGUUAAUGAAGCUCGCUCUCUUGAUAAUAUUGUCAAUUAUUCAUUAUGCCUUCAUUGUACAGUUUUCUUACUUUAGUAAUUGCAAAAAGCAGAAAAUGAGUUAUUUUAUCCAUGGCACAUGCAAAAUGUAAAGAUGACUUGAUAUUUAUGAUUGAUGAAAAUAGCCACUGACAGAAAGUGUUUUACUAGUAUAAACACCGGAGAGGUACUGUGAGGUUAUGUGAGUAUGUGCUAGGUAACAGUGUUAUCAGGUUGCUCUGGAUGUAUAAGGUUUCACUAAAAGCCUGCCUGUGCACUUGAAAGUAUGACUGUGCAUGAAUGUCAAUUUUUAUGUUGAUGGAAAUUAGUUUUUCUUUUUUUUUUUAACAUUAACAUUAAG